AUGAUAGAAGAGAUCCUCACCGACCAUCAGGACCCCAAAAUCUCCCCCCCUACCGGGGAGCUGCUCAAGUUCGGGGUGCAGGCUCUGCUCUCUGCCAGACCCUACCACAACCACCUCGCCCUACUAAAGGCAGAGCAGGCCUCGGUCUUCAAGUUCCCCCUGGGCCCUCUUACUUGCCCCGGCCUAGGCUCCCCCAUCAGCUCCGCACUGCUUGCAGCCAGCUCGGGCCUCCAGGGCGGGUCCGGCUCCGCCCACCACCUGCCCCUAGAACUGCACCUGCGGGGUAAGCUGGAGAGCGGGAUGUCCGAGCAAGGCAGCAAAGCCAAGAAGGGCAGGAGAAGCCGGACUGUGUUCACAGAGCUGCAACUUAUGGGGCUGGAGAAGAGGUUCGAGAAACAGAAAUAUCUCUCCACCCCUGACAGGAUAGACUUGGCAGAAUCUUUGGGUCUUAGCCAACUACAGGUGAAAACUUGGUACCAAAACCGGCGCAUGAAAUGGAAAAAGAUUGUUUUGCAAGGUGGGGGACUUGAGUCACCAACUAAACCCAAAGGUCGUCCUAAGAAAAAUUCCAUCCCAACCAGCGAACAGCUUUCAGAGCAGGAAAGGGCAAAGGAAGCAGAGAAACAAACUGAGGACCUCCAUUCACCCUGCGAAAUUAAUCAGGAGGAGUAA